AUGGCCGAGUCUGGCGAACUGGCUCUGGCAACUGGGAACUGGGAACUGGAACUGGGUUGUCUGCCCUUCCUUUGGAUUCUGCCGCUAUGGCCUCUAUCUCCGGUUGUUGCAAUCGGUCGCUUGCUGGACGCAACGCAGGGCACUGCACCAUUCACUUACUCGCCAGGACAGCUCUUCAUCCACCGUUUGUUCGGAUAUCGAUGCGUCGUCAUUGAUUACUGGCAGGCGGAUCUUGUUGUCACACAGCCAUCCUCGUCCACAAGCAACGCCACUGCGACUGCACACCCCAGUUUGGCCGCUUUGACGGCUGGGUUGCCGCAGCCUCCCAUGGACGCCUCUUUUCGAGCACCAUCCGUAACGCCAUCCUCGCCACACGACGAAACGACCUCCAUUACAGAGCCUGGUGCCAAGCACAUAAUUGACCUCGUUCGCUCGGCGAUGCGGAAGAAGGACUAUUACAUUGCCGUGCCAGAUUUGAAGGAUCGCACCGAGCGGCAUACCGCAUCGUUCUUGUUUGUUGCCCCGGAAGAUAUGAUUCCGUAUCUACCAAUCGCCUCACACACGUUCUAUUCGCCAAUUCUUCACGAGUGGUUUCACGCCCUGCCCGCUUCCCCUCCUCCCGCUUCUCAGCAGCAGUCCGCCGAACCAACAAUCGUCACGGAUGUUGUGCCAUCGGACGCCCCUGUCCAGUCUGCGGCGCCAGCCAAAUCCUCCAGCAGUGGAAAGCCUGCCAUCCCGAAGAUUGACUACGUUCGCUAUGUGCCCACUGGCAAACUGAACCCGCUUCGAGCGCGAACAGCAACGGUGAGGCAGUAUUCCAAGGUUUAUGUCCAAACCACGGACAGCAUCCGGGUGACUGUCGUCCCCUGGUACUUUGGCUUUACUGCUGCACACAACUCGUUUGUCUGGACUGUCAACCUUGUGAUUGAGAAUCUUGGGGACGCCACAGUGCAGCUGCGACGACGCCACUGGACCAUCACCGAUGCGAGCGGCCGCAUGCGCGAGGUCAGUGGAUCGGGUGUCGCGCACGGUGCCGAGCCGGUCUUUGUGCCGAAUUCUUCUUCGAGCUACGAGUACACCAUGGGCGUCGAGUCUACAACUAGCCACGGCAACAUGAAGGGAAUGUACGAAUUCGACGUGAUCGAGCCGAACAAGACUUCCAAGCUAUUCGUCAACGUUCCACAGUUUGUGCUCGAGUCCCCACCAUUCACGCACGACAACUGA